AUGCUUGCCAAUGCCGCCAUAAUGAGGAUCCUCAUCAAAGGGGGGAAAGUGGUGAAUGAUGACUGCACCCUUGAAGCUGAUGUUUAUAUUGAGAAUGGCAUCAUACAGCAGGUGGGCCGUGAACUCAUGAUUCCUGGCGGAGCCAAAGUCAUAGAUGCCACUGGCAAGCUGGUGAUCCCUGGUGGUAUUGAUACCAGCACCCACUUCCACCAAACCUUCAUGAAUGCAACCUGUGUGGAUGACUUUUAUCAUGGCACCAAGGCAGCCCUGGUUGGGGGGACCACCAUGGUUAUAGGACAUGUACUUCCGGAUAAAGAAACUUCCCUGCUGGAUGCUUAUGAGAAGUGUCGUAGCCUGGCUGACCCAAAGGUGUGCUGUGAUUAUGCCCUGCACAUGGGCAUCACCUGGUGGGCACCUAAGGUAAAAUCAGAAAUGGAAACUUUGGUUCGAGAGAAGGGUGUCAACUCCUUCCAGAUGUUCAUGACAUACAAAGACUUGUACAUGCUCCGAGACAGUGAGCUGUACCAGGUGUUCCGUGCUUGCAAAGAUAUUGGAGCUAUCGCACGUGUUCAUGCUGAGAAUGGCGAGCUGGUGGCUGAGGGAGCUAGGGAAGCUCUGGAUUUGGGCAUCACUGGUCCAGAGGGAAUUGAGAUCAGUCGACCAGAAGAGCUAGAGGCGGAAGCUACACAUCGUGUCAUCACCAUUGCUAAUCGGACUCACUGCCCUGUCUAUCUGGUCAACGUGUCUAGCAUGUCUGCCGGGGAUGUUAUAGCCACAGCCAAAAUGCAAGGGAAGGUUGUGUAUGCAGAGACCACCACAGCACACACUACGUUAACAGGCUUACACUACUAUCACCAGGACUGGUCCCAUGCAGCAGCCUACGUCACAGUGCCACCCUUGCGGCUAGAUACAAACACUUCCACCUACCUCAUGAGUUUGCUUGCCAAUGACACUGUGAAUGCUGUCGCCUCUGAUCACCGGCCUUUCACCACUAAACAGAAGGCAAUGGGGAAGGAAGACUUCACUAAGAUCCCCCAUGGAGUCAGUGGGGUACAGGACCGUAUGGCUGUCAUCUGGGAACGUGGAGUG